UCUCAUUAAUCGCGCAUCGCUUGCAGAUGGACGUGCCAUCUGCUAUUAUUGUUUAAUAAUUAUUACAAUGCAGACAACAAAAUCUGUGUUAAAAUAAAACUGUGCCGGCGCAUGCACUGUCAUGCACUUAUGUGACACACUUACCUAGUGCAGUGUUGUUAAUUGAAUUUUAAUUAAAAAUGGAAAGUCCCUUUAAUCGAAGUACAAUGACCAGCCGAAGCCCGCCUCCACCACAGAGAAGACCAACUGAAGAAGACUCUACUCCCGCGACAUCAAUAAUUGAAGUUGUAUCGACCGAAGAAAUCCAGAAAUGGAUAUCCUCCAUUGAGAAAUGCCUUAACGACAUAUGCUAUACAUCAGGAGAAGGUAAACUGAACACAGAACAGAAGCUGAGAAUCAGCAACACAAGCAGAAACGUGUUGGGUGGUGUCUCUCAAUUGGCUGUGCAAUAUCAGUCACUAAAACAGAAAUAUAUCUCAGCCCAAUCAAUGAUCAAAACAUUAAUUGAUCAAAAGGAGUCAUCUACCGCACUAGGAGAUCAGAUCGAGGACCUAAAAGUAUCUAUUCGCUCUACCCCAAAGGUUGAACAACCGAAUGUAUCUUUUGCCGACGUGCUGAGAACCAGUAAGAGCUCUAUAGUAAGACCACCAAGCACCAGUAACAUUGCUAUUUACCCAGCUAGCAAAGAUAAGACCAGUGAAGAGACUAAGAAACUUAUUCAGACCAUCAUCAAGCCGGAAGAAUUAAAACUGCAUAUCCGAGGGAUGAGAAAAACCAGAGGUGGGGGUAUUAUAAUCAGCGCUGAAGGCAAAGAUGACCUUGAAAAAUUGAAAAAAUCAGAACUGCUGAAAACAUCAGGUCUCAACGUAGAAGAGACCACAAAACGAAGGCCCAAAGUGAUUUUGUUAGGAGUGCCCACCAACACAUCUGAGAAGGAUGUUUUUGAAUGUCUCUACGAGCAAAACAUCUCGGGUAAAUAUCAACACAUUGACCGCAAUAAGUUCUUAAGUUCUAUUAAACUAAGCCACAAAACUGGCAAAAAAGACGGGCCCUACUGCAACUAUGUGCUAGAACUUACUUCAGAACUGCGAAAAAUUUUCAUAGACCAGGAGAGAGCAUACAUUAAUUGGACCUCCUGUCCAGUUAGAGACUAUACACUUGUUACAAGGUGUUACAAGUGUCAUCAAUAUGGUCACUCAGCAAAAUUCUGCAGAGAAACUGAAUCCACUUGUGGACACUGUGGCUGCGCUGGACACACAAUCAAGGAAUGCUCAAAAUUACUAGCACCUUCGACCUGUGCCACGUGCCGGCGCUUCAAUAAACCAAGCCAGCACAAUACGGGAGCAGAGAGCUGCCCUGCAAGAAAAAUUGCUGAAGCAAGAUACAUGAGCUCAAUUAAUUAUGAGGGCGCAUAAGGGGGCCGCAAAGGCCGUUUACUUAACGCAGUCCAAAGAUGUGCAAUUACACUCUUAGGAAUAUUUAGUUAUGUGACUCGCGAUCGUAUUAUUUGUUUACACACAGAAACUAUUUCAAUUGUAAUAAUUAUUUAUUUUAAGAGUAGGUCAAUGUAAAAAUAAUGCUUAGUAAGUAAGUAGUUAAGUAUAGCAGUAAAUGUAACCUACUUAUUCUGAGUUUGAUAAUCUAUUCCAAUAUUGUAUAGUCAGCACUUUUUAAACAGAUACCUAAGAUACAGGCAAUAAAUUUUGCUUAGUUUAGGUAUCAUUAAUUACUUACGCACACUAACCUUAAUUUUAUCGAAACCAAACUUGUACGUGUUUAGGCUAAGUUUUUAUAC